GUUCCUUGCUGCCUUCAAGAAGAGUACGGGAGUUGAAAAUUUAGAGGAUUUAUUAGAAUUUUAUUCAAGAUCUGAGAUACAGGGAGCUGGAGCAGAAAUCAUUCAUUGUACUGCAAAGUUUUUCAGGAAGGGAGAGGAAGACAAGUAUAUGAUGAGAGCUGCUCUCGAGAGUAAUGUAGGACGAACUACAAGAUUAUCUAUCUCAGGGUUCUCCUUAACAAGGGAAACCUUCGGAGCUAAACUAAACCUAACCGAGGACCAACUUGAGCUUUGGGACCAGAACGACGAGGAGGUGAAUCCAUCCAAACAUAAGUUCGCGGGAAAUCAGCUGAAAAGUGGCGGGAAAACUAAAAAGUCACAAAACGAGAAAAUCCGCAACGACGAAGACGACCUGUCUCUCUCUUCUGUGAGAACAUCUAAAGAUGGCGGCGUUCCUGCUGUACAUUCUGGCGUGGCAGGGAGAAGGGCGCAUUUUACAUUAGGAACCAGUGGAGGUGCUAAACCAGUUCAAACCGGAUUUGAUAUUCUGGACGCCCAGCGGAUCCUGGAGAAAGGAGUUGAGAUCUCCAGAAUUAGAAUUGGAGGUGUACUGCCGGCCACCCUGAUCAACCUGGACAACACAAACUGGUUUAUUCACCUGGACAGAUGUAUAACUCUGAACUCAGUGUUCACUGGAAGUUACUAAACCUG